ACUUCUUGAGUUUCCCCUUGUUUCACUCUCUCAUUCCACCUUUUUGUGGCUAGUAAGUAGGAGUAGUGUAUUUCCUUUCCUUUUCUUCUCCUUCUUUCCCUUCCUUUCUGCCCAUUUAACAAUGAAAAUGGCAGAUUACCAAUCAUCCUUUCCCCUCUAUAGGAAACACCCAUCAUUGCUCCCAACAAUCCUUUUCAAAACCUUAGAAAUCUGAGCUUCUAAGAUAUUCCCUCCUCCGUCCAUUCUUUCACUUUUUUCUCCCUUCUCUCGUACAAGUUCAAAUCUCCUCUUAUAUAACCUUUUUCCUCCAGUCCAAAUUUAGGACUUGGAACUCCUUUUCCUUUUCUGUUCCACUAACUGGUUACUCAUCCCUUUCUAAUUACUAUGAUGGAUCCUUCUUCCACCAACUCUGUCAAUGGAUUCUACUCCUUCCUAACCAGAGGUAUUGAUGAUCUUGAGAGAUAUUUCCUCUCCAAUAACUUCUUGUCUAUUCAAUUCCUUCAGCGAGUUCUAACCCUUCUCAGAUCAUCCCACACUCAUUUGAUCCUCCUUGUUCAAAAGCUUCACUUGCCUGUUGGUGAAAAGUGGCUUGAUGAGUACAUGGAUGAAAGCUCUAAGCUUUGGGAAGUCUGUCAUGUCCUCAAGUCUGGCAUAUCAGGCAUGGAAAAUUACUAUGCUGCUGGCCUUAACAUCAAUUCAUCACUUGAAAAUCAUCCCUUCCUCAGCCCACAAGUCAACCGUCAAGUAAUCAGAGCAAUCAGUGGUUGCAGAAGAGAAACAGUAGGACUGGAGGAAGAUAACAGGGCUUUGAUGGAGACUAGAAUUGAGCCACUUUCGUUACGUUUUGAUGAGAAAGGCUGUGUUGAAUCAAAGCUAAAUGGAUUCAAUGGUUUCAGAGGAGUUCUUUAUGCAAUGAGAAAUGUUAGUUCACUUCUGCUGAUGAUCUUGCUCUAUGGACUGGUCUACUGUUGGCCUCAAGAAUCUGAUUUCCUCAGAGGAGGAGGAUAUGAAGGCGGGGGAUGUUUGUUCUUUGGAUCAGCCUUGAUGAUCUCAACAGCAAGAUUGCAUCAAAGGGUUGCAGCAGAAAUCAAUCAGAUCAAUGGCCGACCGGGGAUUUUGCUGUAUGAAUUUCGAAGAUCAAAGGCAGCCAUGGAAGAGCUGAGAGUGGAGUUGGAAAGGAGGUGCUCCCAAGGGGUAGGAGUGGUGGACUGGGAAUCAGAACAUGGGAUAACAGAAAGAGUGGAGAAUCUGAGGGAUUGUUUUGGUGUUCUGAGAUCCGGGACUGAGAAUAUUGUUGGACAACUUGAUGAUUUCUUUGAUGAAAUUGUUGAAGGAAGGAAGAAGCUUUUGGACUUCUGUAGUCACCAUAGGUAGGGGAAAAAGAAAAGUUUAUUCCUAAAAAAAGAAAACAUUUUAACCCCAGGGUAAAAAAAAAAAAAAAGAAACAGAAAAAAGUUACAAGUAGGAGAAAUGAGUUGGAUGGUUGUACUUUUUUUUAAUUUUUAAUUUUAUUCUUGUUUUUGUUUGGUGUAACUUUCACUCUUUGUAUGUCCUAAGACAACCAACCCUCGCCCGUCUCCUCUGCCGGAUUCUGGUUUUUGGUGAGAACUGCUGCAGAUAUACUCCUAAGGUAAGAACCCAAAGAGGAAAAUUUUGGAGGAAAAAGAUAAUGUAACAGCUCUAGAUAAUUAGUGUAUGAGACUCCAUUGGUCACGAAAAGUUUGUGUACUAAAAAGAAGA